UUAACAGUAGGACUACGCAUAAAGACGGACAAGACAUAAAGGCCCUGAGUCUGCUAUGCAGACAAAUCUGACCAAGGCUUCUUCAGCCUCAAUCUAGCAUUAUCUAGCAAUAGAAAAUUGUGGGCGAGGUGCAACCCUUUAGAUUUGGGGGUCUCUUAUCUCUCAAGUGGACAGGGAAAGAAGAGGAAUCCAGCUUUAGGGUGAGGGCUGUAGGCGCUGGCUAGUGAAAAGCUAAGAAGCCCUUUGCCCUGUGGAAAUUCCUGAACUGCAGGAUUGUUUAAAUCUCGGAGGCCAGGGAAGCAGCCCACCUCCUCAAAGGCCUCUGCGCUUCCCAGAAUCUGGGGCACACCGCCUGGCUUUGCGCUCAGCUGAGCGAGGGGAACCCCCCGCCCAACACCAAGUACAGCACUGGCCCACUUCACCCUGCACCGGGGAAAGCCACUUUCUGCCCACCAGACCGCAAGUUUCAAGGCUUCACCAGGAUCGGAGUGGAGGGGGAGGAGGAGAACAGAAGCUUUUCAAUGCCUCCGGGCUGCUCUCCUCGGACCUCUCUCGCAUUCCCUUCUCAGGAUCUCCUCCGUGCGGCGUGGCGGCGGCUCUCUGGGCAGUGGCUACGGUUUCCCUAACCGCGUGAAACUGGUCCCCAAAGCACCGUGCUACUCGGGCUACACGGAUCCUCAGAGCUGUGGGAUGGGGACCAGAAAGAUCCUCUACGAGACGCAGGCUUGUCUUCUGUUCUCUAAGAUUUUCAACGAAGAAAAGUUUUCCCAGGGAUCCCCGUGCCUCGCUUUGGAGUCCCGUCCCGCGCUGGGGACUGCGGGUAGCUCGCUUAAGACGUGAUUUGUGAAUUAGAAUUUAGGGGUUGCCAGGCUCCGCCCCUUCUCUCCCCUCCACCACCCUCAAUGCUGGUUGGGGCGGAGGGGCUCCUAUUCAUUUCGUUUUAUUUUAGUCACUCUGCCCCAGAUCUUUCCGGGAGGCUGCUUCUUAGCAGCCCGGACCCGGAGGGGCCCCCUGCCGCUGGCAGAGGGCGGAGAAGUUAAAGGCAUUAACCCCUCCCAGUCCCUUCCUAGAGGAGCCACCCAGCCUCGGCGGGGCGCUCAGAGACUUCGCCUUGCACGAGUGGUGCGGGCAGCGCAGGCAGAGCUGGCCAUUGGAGUGCACGGCUGAGGAGGGAGGGGACCCCAGCUCUGGGAACUUUGCGAGUGAGCUGGUCUCCGUCAGUCGCCGACAGCUGCAAGAUGCGGAUCGAGCGGUGUAGACCCAGAGUCCUGCGGACGCAGCUCCGUCCAGCUUGAGCGAGGCUGCUGUUUCUUGGAGGCCUCUCCAGCCAAGGAAAAGCAACUUAAAAAAGCAUUGGAUUGCUCGCUGACCUGGUCCUUGCUGUAACUGAAGGCUCGCUCAACCUCGCCCUCUAGCGUUUGUCUGGAGAAGUACCACCCCGGGCUUCUGGGGACACAGUGCAGCGGCUAUGGUGUCCACCAGCAUCCCGGUGGUUAAGGCUCUCCGCAGCCCAGUCUCUGACUAUGGCAACUAUGAUAUCAUAUUCCGGCAUUACAACUACACAGGCAAGUUGAACAUCGGGGUGGAGAAGGACCAUGGCAUUAAACUGACUUCAGUGGUGUUCAUUGUCAUCUGCUGCUUAAUCAUCCUAGAGAAUAUCUUUGUCUUGCUAACUAUUUGGAAAACCAAGAAGUUCCACCGGCCCAUGUACUAUUUCAUAGGCAACCUCGCCCUCUCGGACCUCUUAGCAGGAGUGGCUUACACAGCUAACCUGCUACUGUCUGGGGCCACCACCUACAAGCUCACGCCUGCUCAGUGGUUUCUGCGGGAAGGGAGUAUGUUUGUGGCUCUGUCCGCGUCAGUCUUCAGCCUCCUUGCUAUCGCCAUUGAGCGCUACAUCACCAUGCUGAAGAUGAAACUACACAAUGGGAGCAACAGCUCGCGCUCCUUUCUGCUGAUCAGCGCCUGCUGGGUCAUCUCCCUCAUCCUGGGUGGCCUGCCCAUCAUGGGCUGGAACUGCAUCAGCUCACUGUCCAGCUGCUCCACCGUGCUCCCGCUCUACCAUAAGCACUAUAUUCUCUUCUGCACCACCGUCUUCACUCUGCUCCUGCUUUCCAUCGUCAUCCUCUACUGCAGGAUCUACUCCCUGGUCAGGACUCGAAGCCGCCGCCUGACCUUCCGCAAGAACAUCUCCAAAGCCAGCCGCAGUUCGGAGAAGUCUCUGGCCUUGCUGAAGACGGUGAUCAUUGUUCUGAGUGUCUUCAUUGCCUGCUGGGCCCCUCUCUUCAUCCUACUACUGUUAGAUGUGGGCUGCAAGGCGAAGACCUGUGGCAUCCUGUACAAAGCAGAGUACUUCCUGGUUCUGGCUGUGCUGAACUCAGGUACCAAUCCUAUCAUCUACACUCUGACCAACAAGGAGAUGCGCCGGGCCUUCAUCCGGAUCGUAUCUUGUUGCAAAUGCCCCAACGGAGACUCCGCGGGCAAAUUCAAGAGACCCAUCAUCCCAGGCAUGGAAUUUAGCCGCAGCAAAUCAGACAACUCCUCCCACCCCCAGAAGGACGAUGGAGACAACCCAGAGACCAUCAUGUCUUCUGGAAACGUCAAUUCUUCUUCUUAAAACCGGAAGCUGUUGAUACUGAAGCAUUCUGACUUGAUCACCCACUACUCCAGCAUUUCAAAAAUGUCUCUCAUUCUCCACUGCUGCAAGGAAGAAGCAACUGGGAGGCUGAGAGAGGGAGGGAAGGGAGAAUGUGCGACCUGGUGAUGCCAUGUUGUAGGUAGGUAGUAAUUGUGAACAAUGCACUGGGAAGGGUGGAGAUCAGGUCUGGCCUGCAGUGGGUUUCCUGCCCCCCCCCCAAUACCCUGGAGCUUUGAUUUUGCACUGAGCCAAAGGUCUAGCAUUAUCAAGCUCCCAGAGGGCUCAUCUGGCCCUCCUCAAAGACUAAGGUCCUGGGAGAAAGUGUCCUGAUCUCUCACUGCAAUGACAAAGUUGAGUGUGUGCCCUUUAGUUUGGUCGGGUGGUGUGCAUAUCCCCACCCUCCGUUUCUUCUGACCCGGUCUCCCCCUUACCACACCCUUUUAAAAUUCUUUUACUUUAUAUCUUAACUGCCCAACCUUAGUGCAUCUGAAGAGGUCGUGGAGGAGGUCUAUUGAUUAUCUCUAGACAGCAGGCUGUUGACGGGGAAGGCUAUUUGCUGAGGCCAAAGUGUCCAUAUAAGCUGGGUCAUGUUGUCGGGGAUUUGGUAGGGUGUCUUAAGAUGACAAUGUGUUCUUCCUUAUUCCUCACAAGUUCCUUAUUCCCAUUGCAACUGCAACGUGUGUGUGUUGUGAUGCGAAUAACGAAGUCUACUUUAUUUGAAUUAUACUGGCCAGGAUCUUAGGUGAUACAGGAAAAACAAAAACAAAAAACAACAGAAUGAGGUGAACUAUGAGAGUGACGCUGUGCAAACCAAGAGCUGUUUCUUGAUGUCUUUCUCUAACCCAUGCAGCAUCUUUGGCACUUUCAUUGAUGAUUUCAGAGUGUCGUGUGAGCCAUUUCAACCAACUGGGGAAUUCUUGUCUUUUGUUUAACGAACAGUUUCUGAUUUUCGAAUGUAUUUGUUCCUUGGAGGUCAUCCUAUUGAAUUUCUUCUUAACCUGUGUUAACACCGUCGAAUGUGUAGUUCUUAAGAAAGUGCCAUCCUUUGUACCCAAAAGAAGCAUUACUUUAACUGACAGGAAACAUCAGGAAUUCUUUAUUUCAGCUGUCAUUAGGUCUUGACGGUGGGUGUAAAUGUUACAGAGAAUAAAAAUAUAUUACUGUCUCUUUAGUAUGGUUUUCAGUGCAAUUAAACCAAGAAAUGUCUUUUUAAAAAAAAAAUAGUAUUUAAUAGGUUCCUGACUUUUGUGGAUCAUUUUGCACAUAGCUUUAUCAACUUUUAAACAUUAAUAAACUGAUUUUUUUAAAGA